CAUUAGAUCGCGUCGCGUUGAGAGCAGACGGGCUUGUAAGAGGAAAGGAAUAUGUUUUGCCUUUCACUGAGAGACCAGUGACGUAGAGAAUCCCAAAACUCGCGGAAAGUGUGGUGAAAAACAGGCUGCAGUCUAUGGGGCGCGCUCAUCUCCUGUGGAAAUGCGAGGACACAUUAAAACUCUGCGUGUUCGCUUCUGUGAAGCGCUUUAUGUCCUUUAUAUGCUGUUUUAUUUCAGUCAUUUAGCUUGCGCUGCUGCGGAAGUGUCGGACAAAACUGAAGUUUGGAACAAAACUCAACUUCUCGAACUGUACAGUAAAGGUGUUUUCCGUUUGGAGAGCGUGUCGCGGAAGCUUUGCCUCUCAGCAGACUCAUCCGGUUUGUCUCUGACCAGCUGUGAGCCCCCGUCUGCCGCCCUGCUUUGGAAAUGGGUGUCCCGGCACCGUCUCUACAAUCUGGGCACCAGUCGAUGUCUAGGGAUCAAUGUGACCAAGUUGCUGCAGCCUGAAGUGGGCAUCUUUGAGUGUGACGUUUCCCUCCCAACCAUGUGGUGGCGCUGUGGGGGCAGCAUGUUGUAUGGAGCGAUGAAUAAUAAGUUAGCGGUGGUGGACUCUAAAGUGGUGGUGAAAAGGGCCGCUCUGCAUCAGUGGAGGAUUUACGGGGCGGCCGGUGAAGGGCCAUGCGCCUACCCAUAUGAAGACAUCCACACGCUACAAGGGAACUCCAAUGGCAUGACCUGCUCCAUCCCCUUCAAAUAUAACAAAAAAUGGUUCUGGGAUUGUACCUCUGAGGGCAGAGAGGACCGUCACCUCUGGUGUGCCACUACUAACCACUAUGAUCAAGAUGAGAAAUGGGGCUUCUGCCCCAAUCCAGUGUCAGGCUGCAAUGAUUUCUGGGAGAGCCAUCCGGAGCUGAAUGCCUGUUAUCAGUUUAACUUGUACUCCAUCCUCACCUGGAGUCAAGCUCUUACUUCCUGUCAAGCACAGGGUGGGAGUCUUCUGUCCAUCACACAGUCCAGUGAACAAAGCUAUAUUAAAGAAAGACUCUCAGAUAUGGGUGUGAUGGUCUGGAUUGGAUUAAACCAUCUCAGUCCACAUGGGGGAUGGCAGUGGUCUGAUGGAUCUGCUCUGGCUCUCGUCAGUUACACCGCAGAUCUGACCUCCACACCGGUGCAGGAGAACCAGCAGUGUGGGGUGUUUAACUCCACGCAGGGUUCCUGGCAGAGUCUCUCCUGUGAGUCAGCCUUGCCCUACAUCUGCAAAAAAGCCACCAAAUACAGCCGGAAUGCCGAGCCGCUUGAUAAUUGGCAGUAUAAGGAGACGAUUUGUCCUGGUGGUUGGUUGGACCAUAAUGGGUUUUGUUACCGGUACCUGGAUGAGAAGUCGAGCUGGGACAGCUCUUCCAGCGCAUGCAAAGCUCUUCAAGCAGAGCUGGUCAGCGUCCACUCCCUCAGCCAGCAAGAACUCCUACUGAAACUGCUGUCCAAUGGAUCCGACUCUAAGGUGUGGAUCGGCUUGCAUAAGGAGGACAAACUUUCAUCAGUCCAGUGGUCAGACGGCUCACCAGUCACAUUCACAUCCUGGUACUCUCAGGAGCCUUCCCAUAGCCAUGGUGACAAACGAAUCUGCGUCACCGCAGACUGGAAGGACAGCAGAUGGCAGUUUGAGGACUGUGAAGAGCAGCAUGCUGCAAUCUGUAAGACCUCGGGUCUUGUUCCACAGCAUCCUAGUGGAGAAUGGGAUGAUGGGUGUCCAGAGGGCUGGAAAAGGAAGGACUCCUGGUGUUAUAGAAUCACAGAUCAGGAACAGACGUUUGAGGAUGCAGUGAAAGGAUAUUACUGCAGAUCUCCUCUUGUUACUAUAGAAAGCAGGUUUGAGCAGGCCUUUCUAAACAGCCUGAUCAAUGAGAAGGGAGACUCUGAGAUCCGAUCCUAUUGGACAGCUCUGCAGGACCAGAACAGGACCGGCGAGUACCGCUGGCUGACGCAGAACGGCUCGUCGAUACCCCUCACCUACACCAACUGGAACCGACACCAGCCAGUGAGUGGAGGAGGCUGUGUGCUGAUGUCCGGAGGCCAGGCUCUGGGUCACUGGGAGGUGAAAAACUGUGGCACUUUUAAGGCCCUGGGUAUGUGCAAACAGGAAGUGAGUGGUAAUCGUGACACCCUGAUGCCUGUGCCACACAUGGACCUGAAUGCAACAUGUCCCACUGGAUGGGAGAGCCGCAAAGGGCUGUCUCACUGUUACAAGGUGUAUCACAGUGAGAAGAUCCUCAUGCAUCGCACCUGGACCGAGGCUCAGUUCUUCUGCCGGGCUCUGGGUGCUGAUCUCGCCAGCUUCCAUCACUAUGAAGAUCAGGCUUUUGUCAAAAAGCUCCUCUCCAUGAUGUUCCAAAGUACAGAGGGUCGCUGGUUUUGGGUGGGCUUUACUAAGAGAAACCCUUGGUCUGACGGAGCCUGGGAGUGGUCCGAUGGCACACCGGUGGUGACUUCGUUGAUUGAGGAUAUGAAUGAAGUGGACUCUCACAUGUGUGCUGUGUACAGUGACCUCACAAACACUCUCACGCCUCACUCCUGUGACUCCAAAUAUGAAUGGAUUUGCAAGGUCCCUAAAGGUGUGGAGCUGGUCAAGCCGUACUGGUACAGCGACCAACUUGAGCCGUGGAUGUUUUCCAGAGGAGCUGAAUAUUACUUUGCCAGUAAAGCGUUUCCCUGGGAGUCCGUCUCCUUCGCCUGCAAGAUGAUGGGUGCUGAUCUGCUCUCCGUUCACUCUAGUGAGGAACUGAACUUCAUCAGAGAACACAUUAAAAAGGAUUCUGAAUUUUGGUGGAUUGGUUUGUCUGCUAACAGCGGUCACAAUGGUCUCAGUUGGACUGAUGGAUCCCCUUUGGAUUAUGAGAACUGGGAAAAUGGUCGAUUCUACCGAAAGCCUGGCCAAAACUGCAUCAAGAUGUCGUCUCAAUCCGGUCAGUGGUCAGCAGGAAGCUGUAAGGAUCGACAUAGUUACGUGUGCAAGCGCAGAACGGUGUCUUUGGUGGAGGAACCACGUGAGCCUCACUAUGUCGGCAGCUGCCCAGAGAACUGGUUCUACUACGGACAAAAGUGUCUGUUUCUGCAUCUCCCAACCCAUCCGGGAGAUGGGAAAACCUGGCAUGAUGCUCAGUCCAUCUGCACAUCAACCUAUCACGGAUCUCUGGUGUCCAUAGAGGAUGAAAUUGAACAAGCCUACAUCGUCAUGCUGCUUCAUGGCUGCUCAGCAGGGGUUUGGAUUGGUGUACAGGGUCGUUUUUCCUCCAAGUGGAGCAACGAUAAGCCAGUCAGCUAUAAUAACUGGGAGGUGUCUAACUAUAGAGCUCCUGGGGAACCUCAUUGUACUUACCUGUCCAACAGUCACAACUUCCGUGUGACAGGGCUUUGGCAAGACGAUGUCUGUACUGAGAGCGUCUAUGGCUUUGUCUGCGAGAAGAAGCAAGACAAGUCCAAGCGUCCUACACAAUCCUAUUACACCGCUUUCUCACUGGACUCGUCUGAAUAUAAGAAUCACAGUUACCAAAUCAUCCAUGGCAAUUUGAGCUGGUAUCAGGCCCAGAAGGCAUGUUUGGAGAAGGGGGCGUCACUUGUGAGCAUCACAGACCCGUUUCAUCAGGCCUAUCUCACUGUGCUGAUCAACAGGCUUGAAGCCCCACACUGGAUCGGACUGUACAGCACAGAUGAUGGUCUCUCACACCAGUGGUCUGAUGGAAGUGAGCUUUCCUUCACUUACUGGGAAGAGUCUAAUUAUUACCCAGAGGGACCCAUGGGAGAUGGAGGCUGCGUGUCCAUGGAUGUUAACGGACGCUGGAAAGACGUUGAAUGUGACAUGCUUUUAUCAGGAGCGAUAUGUUACAAACCUCCUCCGAAAAGCAUUGCUUUCUCCUAUGAAGUGGUGUGUCCUGAGACCUGGGUGAAGUUUCGUGGGAGCUGCUAUUAUUUUGAAACAGUUCUGUUGAAGAUGACACUGGAAGAAGCAAGACAUCACUGUAAAAAGAAGGGAAAUUUUUCAGAUGUUCUGACAGUUCAAGAUGAUGAGGAGAGUCGAUUCUUCCUUAAAGAGAUGUCGCGGCAUUACCGGGGGCCUCAGAAUUUGUGGCUAGGAAUUUUAUACGACACUGACACUGAUGCUUUGACUCGACUGGAUGGCUCACCGCUCCAUUACACAAACUGGCGCUCCAGAGCUCCCGAUGCCAGUGACAUAAGGGUGGAUUCAUGUGUGACUCUGCGGGUUUCAGAUGCAGUGUGGCAGUUAGCCGACUGCACUGAGAGACUGGGCUUCAUCUGCAAAACCUCAACAGGUGCCAUCAAAGAGGUAGAAGUGGAGCCACUGAAAGGUCUGCACCAAGGCGUGAUCUCGGCAGCUGUGUUGGUGGCCAUUGUGCUGUUUGCUGUGGUAAUCGGAUCAACGUGGUUCCUUUACAAGAGAAACUCUCUGUGUGUCCGGAGGCUUCUGAUGUUUGGCAGCGUCUAUUACAGACAGACUAGUUCCCAAGCCAGUGACCAAGAUGAAAAUGUUUUACUUCCAGACCUAGAGACACAAGCAGGGGACUAGCGUGUUGUUGUGUGAGUCUAGGUGCAUGUUUGUGUUUUGCAUGAGAGUGUGUUUGUUCAGUCAGGGAAACUGCAUUGGGAAUUAAGAAGAUAGUCGAGCUGCCGGUCCAUACUGUAGCUACAGGAGGAUAUUGUGCACAUGCAGGUCUUGUAAAGCUCCACAGCAAUCCAUUUAAAAGCAUUAUGAAAGGGAUAUCCUUUAUGAAGUAUCAAAUGGGGCUUCUUUUUUUUUUACAUUGUCUCGUUCAGGAAAACAACACUAUUCCUCUAGAAUGCAAUAGCUAAAAUGCACCAAAUGGCUUAGUGGUUAAGUGCGCUUUAAUAUUGUUAAGGUGUCAGGGCCUGUUCACACUAUCACAGAUGUUUAGCAUUAGAGUUUCACAUGCAGUUUGUCUGUUUAGACCAAUGCAUAAAAUAAAAGAAAAAAAAUCUGACGGUUUGAAUAACACCUAAAGUUUCGCUCUCUGACACUACAGUAUAUUGCUCUUGCAAUAUUGCAAGACGCUACACAGCUUUGCGUUUCUGACACCCGCUUGUCAUGGAGAAGAAGCUAGUUCCAGAUUGUUGUUGGGAAAAUAUGCCACCAAGUCACAGUUUUUUGUAACAGCAGUGUAUUUGGACACAUGACCAAAAGCGUGACUAUUAUUGUAUGUCUAGUUUUCUUUGCAGUGCAAUGGAAGAGUUUAGAACACCUUGAUUAUUGCAUCAAAAACAUUUGUCUUUUUGUGAACAGGCCUUUAAAGUCAACAUGAAAUCAAAAUGGACCCUAUUUACUUUCUUAAAGGUGCACUCAGUAUUUUUAUCCUUAUUAAAAAAUGUUGUAUGCACAAAAAUAAAUAGUAUGUUGAAAAGUUUGUAUAACAAAAACAUGAAUACAAAUUAUAGAAAAAAAGUUCAA